GGUAUGAGGAGAGAGGCUUGAGAGAGAAAUGGGUCGAGUGGAAGGCCAGCAGAGCUUUAAUUCGUGCUAAAAAGACAGACAGUAGGUGGGUAGCAGGUGUGUAGACAGUAGCAGGACAACCCAGGCUGAACUGACUGAAUGAAACGAAGCAGAAGAGAAGGAGGAAUUAUUUUUGUGCAGCAAACCUUCAGGACCAAAGCCGGCCUGUAGGACAUCAUCAUCAUGCUGGGUGAAGCGUUGCUCCACGUUCUGAAUUACACACAGGAAGGCCCUGAACGCACUGCCUGCAGGGACCAGCACUCACACUUACAAGCCACUUCUCCGCCUGAAACCACCAUGACUCAAAUGACCUCCAGAUCACCACUGAUUCCUCGGGCCUUGCGUGGUGAGCAUUCUGAAGGCCGAGAGAAGCUUGGCCAUCACCUGACCUCAGCACCCAGCAUGGCCCUCAGCAUUCCCACCGGCAGUGUGGAGACCCACUGGGAGAACUACAUCUCCGGGUGCUGCCCCAGCAUCUGCAAGGACUACCCCGACCUACAGUUGGCGGGAGACACUCUGAGGGUCCCCCACCACACACAUAACCCAGCACAUCUCAUCUCCCAAUCCCAUGGUCCUCUACUGCAGUCCCAGGACCUCGGGUCCCUGGAGGCCUUUGAUGAGACUGCACAGGAAGUGGAUUGCCUGGCCAAGCCGGAUGAGGGUUACCUGGUCAUAGAGAGCAUACGAGGCCCAGGUUCAGAACCGAGACUGACCAACUCGAUGAUAAACGGCUAUUUGGAGACACAGCUGAUGGAGGUGUAUCGACAGUACAUGCAGGACAGCCUGGCGCGGUGUGCCUCAUCCUCGCUAACCGCUAGCGUCGUUCCAGCGCUGGUCCCUGCCAAUUUGAGUAAGUCCCAUGGACAUAAGACCAUUCAAGAGGAUGGACUGAACUCAAGCUCCUCCCAGGACAGCGUGCGGUACCUUAGCACCUGUUCAGCCCCGCCUACUUCCCACUUUAGUUCACCUGUGUUGCAGAUUUCGUACCCGCAAGAACCAAAAUCCUAACACAGGCACGAUUAGCAUUAGACCAGUGUUUAAUAUCAGUGCAACCACUGACUGGUUUCUGACUUUUGAUUGGCUAUUCUUACAAAUGCCAAACAUACAUUGCAUUGUAAUUGAAUAUAUUCCUCUCACCACAGAUGUUGUCAAUGAACCAAAUGAAAUUGUGCUUCUUUAGUGUCGUGCUUAAGGUAAGUACACUAGAAAUCAAUAGUCACCCAAAUCUUUUCUGUAAAUGCAUCCCCCAAAAUGUCCCUAAACUGCUCAAACCCCAUGCAGGUCUUUAUUAAGGUCAGGUAGACUUUGCAGUGUGGUUUAUUAUACAGUACAGACUUACUGUGAGUUAUGAAAAUGUGCAAAACUUUACCGUGUGGCUGAAUGCAGCAAGCAGCCAUUUCAGACAAUGCAAGUGUGGUGGCAAAUUCCACCUGAACAUAUUCAUAUUUUUAUAUAUUUGGAAACAACAGAUAUCUCUAAAGUAAACUGGUGCCCAAGUGCCUGCAAGACAUACUUUUGAAGAGUCAGAUUUUGCAGGAGAGGCAGAAUUCGACACCUGUCUAAAACAGCUGCCUGCAGCAUUAACCUUUGGUGGGGUUUUGUUCAUUUUUAGGUCACAAUAAGUCAAACUGUCCUCCAAACAAUUGUGAUAAGUUUUAUUUUGAGUUUGUUUUACAAGGUUUGAGCAGUUUGUCAUUCCUUUAAUUUGCACCCAUUGAUGUUUUGCGCACCUAAGGUCACCACGUCCAGAGCCAGACACUGACUAUAGGAGGCAUUGGGCUGUGAAGCAGUGGCACUGGGUUCUCUGGAACAAUGGUGCUCAAUGCAGUAGCGCUGGAAUAUGUAAACAUACAUAAAACGGAUAUAGUGUAUGUUGUACAGUGUCAGAAAAGACAUAAACAAGUCUUAUUUGACAUGAUAUAUACGCAAAGUAAAAUAUUUACUUUGGAAUAAGGAAAAAGUCGGAUAUUAGACUCUGAAAUGUAGUGGAGUGAAAGGAAAAAGUCGCCCAGAGCGGAGAAACUUCAGUACAGAUACACCAAAAAUACUUAAGUACAGAAACUAAUUACAUUUACUCUCCAGUAGUAAUCCAAUGCAGUAGUCCAAUAGUUUCUGUCCACCACUGUUCCAACUCGAAAGGAUGCCCUAAUGCAGAAGCUGCUUUCCAGAAGCUACGAUACACCAAGCCACUCUAAAUGACUCUGUUUACAUCUUAACCAUUUAAUUUAAUUAUGCAGAAAUUUUGAACUUGGGGUGGAGUCGCUUUCCUAAAGGCUGUAUUAGAAAAAAGCCCACCUAGGCUGCAGCUUUGCUUUUGGAAUGCACCAAUGGGGCUCUUGUAGGACUCUUUAGGAUCUGGAAGCCCAACUUUGAGCAUGUUUACAGUAUCUGAACAUACCGUGACACUCCCUGUUGUGUGCAUGUUGUUUGUUUUGAUGUAUUUUAUCUUUCUGUCCUAGUUUUGGUACUUCAGUCUGUUUUACCCUGUCCUCACAUAUGUUACUGGAGUGUCUGGCCUUCUGUGAGUUGCAGACGGUGGCUCUGUGGGCCUUUUCAAUUGAUUUUUACUUAGUCUUGUUUUUUUCUUUGUCUUUUAAAACUUUUGGUAAAUAAAAUACUCCACGUGUCAGAUAUUCUA